GCGGAACAUGCUACUAACACGCAAUCACUGCUGAGGAGCACGCGACAGACGUGUUUAUUGCAGUGUGCUGUGUAAUACACGCGUGUAGCGUCGGGAGAAAUAUGUGACUGAGAUGGUGAUGAUGAUUAACGCAUUAAUGACUGAGUAAUCACCCGGUGAAAAAGAUCACGUCUGAUUAGCCGAGCACACCAAACACACCACCCGGGAAGAGCUGCUAUCUGUGGUGGAGGCUCGGUAAGCUAGCGAGCCCUGCGGUGUCAUGGUGCAGGAGUGAUCGGGAUGACUAAAACGCCCGGCAGCGCUGCUCCAUGUCCGGAUGUUGGAGAUAUGAUCCCCAGCGUGCACUGGCCGAGUCCAGCAGCGCAGCAGCCCGAGCAGCAGAGCCGUGCUGCCGCCCUGCGUGCCGCUCCUCCCGAGCUGCGUGUGACCUGCGAGCCCUGCGUGGCCCAGACCGAGCCCCAGCUCCACCAGCCCAACUCCAGCGGUCUUUCCUGCGGCUCUCAGCCUGAUGAGGAGUCCGUGUGCUCCGACAGCGGCUUUGGCGGCUCCCCUGCCUCGUCUCUGGGGCUGAGGAAGCUCUCAGACUGCUCCUCUGUGGGCCUCUCUCCCACCUCCAGCUUUGAGGAGUAUGAGGAGGAGGUGAGCGGGAUCACUGAGGGGAGAGACGCGGCGACACGGCACGAUGCGGAGAAGAAUAAAAACAUGGUGAACUGGUCUCCUGUUGUGGUGCCUUUAAAGAAGCGCGCUCCCUGGGUCCAAGUGGUUGGCCAUGCAGGUAAUUUUCAGACAGGCGGUGAUGGGAAGCUGCUGAAGAAGUACUGUGCGAGCGAGCAGCAGUGUCUGCAGCGGCUCAUGGAUGAUGUGCUGCGACCCUUUGUGCCGGCGUACCACGGCGUGACCCGGCGAGACGAGCAGGACUACAACCUCAUGGACGACUUGCUCUCUUACUUUGACUCACCCUGCAUCAUGGACUGCAAAAUGGGAAGCCGGACCUACUUGGAGGAGGAACUGAAGAAAGCGCGGAAGAAUCCCCAGCCUCGUAAGGACAUGUAUGAGAAAAUGGUAGCGGUGGACCCUGAGGCUCCGACUCCAGAGGAGAAAGUCCAGCAAGCGGUACUUAAAACCAGAUACAUGCAGUGGAGAGAGACGCUCAGCUCCACGGCCACACUGGGCUUCCGCAUCGAGGGCAUCAAGAAAUCAGACGGCAUGUGUAACACUAAUUUUAAAAGGACAAAGUCUAAGGAGGAGGUGAUGCAGGCGCUGGACGACUUUGUAGACAGCAGUGUCUCACUGCUGAGAAAUUACCAACAGAGAUUAAAGGAGCUGCGGCUGGUACUUGAGAAAUCAGACUUCUUCAAAACUCAUGAGGUGGUGGGAAGCUCGCUGCUGUUUGUUCAUGACCAGAGCGGCCGUGCUGGUGUGUGGAUGAUCGACUUUGGGAAGACCGUGUCAGUGCCUCCUCCUCUCACGCUGGACCACCGCAGCCCGUGGGCGGAGGGAAACCGGGAGGACGGCUACCUCUGGGGCCUGGACAAUUUUAUUGACAUUUUGACUGACAUGCUGCCUGUGCAGUGAGAAUGAAUGCAUUUUAUCUCUUCAAAGCAAAUGUCUGUACAUGUAACAGUGUAAAUAGGUUUUUAUUUAAUUUUAUUUUUAAUAUGGUGUCGUUUAUAUUUCGUGGGUCGGUAUUUAGCUAAAAGAUGGAACCAGUAACUUCUUUUUAGUGUCAGAUAAAAAAAAUUGUACUGUAGCUUCCAGUUUUUCCAGUGUUGUUAUUUUUAAAGAAAAUGUUGUCUUUAAAUCUGCCCAUAAAUCUGUUAUCAUGGCAUUUUAGCAUUAUUUUGCAACCAAAGUAAAUCAAAGGUGCUUGUUAACCUGGCUCAUCAAUUUAUGAAAAGAUGGAUUUAUUUAGAUUUUUGUGAAUGUUUUAGUUGUGUUUUAUGUUUAGGCAGUCUCGUUACAGUUUUGAGCUUGCGGCUCAUACCCUGACCUAUGCUGGAAUACACAUUCCUAGGUGAUUUUACUUGCAAGGAAGAUGUGUGGAUCCAUCAACAGGACCAGAGAUCUGUAUAUACAGCAGUGUCUGGAUAGUUCACUCUGAGUGAUUUGCAAUUUUGGGCUCUACAUGGAACUACCUUUGUCCCUUAUGCUUAUAUAUAUAAAAUAUAUAGUCCAUGUGUUUGUGCCUUGUUUCCUGCUGUGGACUUGAUAAUCAUAAUUCUGUGAUUUAGAUUUCUGUGAAUUGGGCUGUUCUGGUUCCUGAUACCACUACAGAUUCCUUUGCUGUAAUAUUAUGGUGUUGAUUUUAUUGUCAACACAAUAAAUGUUAACUGGUGUUGGUA